CAGGACGUGGGGUAGUAGAAUGUUCUUAAUGUAUUUCCAUUUCGGGAACUGCUACACCUAUGACGUCGAUUGAACCGUGUACUACAGCCUGUUUCCGAAAUUGUCCGGACACGCUCAGCCCACACAAACCCACUGGGAAUCAGCUGUAAUGCACUGAAACAUAUGUGAGGGCCUCCUGACUCACCAGCUCCGUGGAUUGUGGCACAAAUCAACCGAGCGCGCACUACGCGGUUCGGUCAGCAGCCACCGACAGGGUCACAAGUUGUUGAAUUUCAUCUUGGGAGGCGGCCAGACCAGCAAGCCGAUGUUUAGACCUCAGGUAAGCAUACCGUGGACUGCGGGGAACUAGAGUAUAAAAGCCGUCAGUGGCAGCAUUGUCAAGCAUCCACAUAACCCGUCCGCUCUUUACUGUCUUUUGCUUUACUUACACACCUACGCAUGGGCCGCAAACCACCGUCAAUGUCGGAGAAGGCCGCUGGGAAGCGAAGGGCCCGUCAGGAAGUUCCGGAUGAGGACGCCCCGCAACAGCCUGAGGAGCCAGCAGUGUACCUAGCUGACCACGCACCACCGGCAGGAUUCCCUGCCACAGACGCUCAAUACCCCGGUUCAACGCCCGCACCUUUGCCCCAGGGUUCCGGCCCUAUGCCUUCGUACUAUCCUUCACACCCACACUCGUUACAUCAUUUUCAUCCUUCUGCCUACACGCACCCCGCUCCUUACCCAUCUCCGUAUCCGAGUCACCCUCUUCCGGGCCCUCCCCGUCACUAUCCUGUCGCACCUACCGCACCGCACAGCGAGCAUCGCUCCGAUGGGCGACAAGACUCACCUGAUAUCGUUAUCAAAGAGGAGCCUUCCGAUGACGACACCGUCUUCCCCGAGAUUCGCACCAUCCUCGCAGAGCCCGUUGCUGGGAAGAAGCGCCAGCGCAAAUCGGCUGCGGGUGCGAAGGGCAAAGGUGUAGCUGCAAACUCACCGGCGUUGCCGCAGCCUUCCCCAGCAGCUGCUGCUGGCGGCCGCCGCCAGCCAGCCGCUAGCAAUCCCGGGCCUGCAAGGCGGGGAGGCCGGCAGCCAGGCGCAACGGGAUACACCGACGCUGAUCUCACAGAGAUGUUGCGCCUCGUCCGCAUGUUUCUUCCGAUAGGGCCCGACGAGUGGGCAACGGUCGUCGCGCACUUCAAUAAGUGGGCUCGUGCAAAUGGGCGUGGAGAACGUCAGGUGAAAGCAUUUCGGUCUAAAUGGGAUGCUAUCGUCCGGACUCCCAAGCCGACGGGCAAAGCAGAAGUCCCCUGGUUUGUUGAGGAGUCCUGGGACAUCAACGAUCUCAUCGAACAGCGCGCCCAUGUUCGUCCACUCAAUGACGCGAGGAUCGACAGUGUUGAGCAGCCUCGGGGAGCCGGUGGACAGGAGGUAAUAGAGAUCAUGGAUACCGAUGAGGAGGAGGAGAGCAAGCGCUACGUCGUUCGCAAGAAGGCAAGGACAGCAAACGCAAGCGCCGGCGCCUCGCCCUCUGUGGCUGCUGGCACUGCGCCACGCGGCCAAACGCGUACUGGCAUGUCGAACAACCUCAUCUCUUCCAUCGCAUCUGCCUUCGACCCCGCUGUCCAGACGGCCCGUGACGAAGCUCGUGCCGCUCGCCAUGUGGAUAACUUUCACCUGCAGUCCCUCAUAAGCGAUUUGCACCAUUACCGCCUUCGGAACGAGACGCUCCAAGAGCGGUACUUGGAAGAGAAGCGCCGCGGUGACCGCCUUGAAGAUGAACUCCGUCGACGUGAUGAACACCAAGCAUUUCUUGAACAGAUCGCAAAGACAACAGGUGAACCUUAUUACUCUGUCCACGCACGUCUCUUCGGAACGCCGGCUUCUCGACGCAUCCCAGCUACAGAACCCGGGCCCGCGCCACCUCGUGCCAUUGAACCCGCUCCAACUCCUGGUCCCUCCAACCAGUCAAGCCGACCCCCUCGUCACGGUAGCCCAAUCCUUGAUCGGGCUUCUAUUGCGGCCAUGGCCGCGCUUGCUCGUGAAGAGGCCGGUGAGGCGCAUGUGCCUCUGCGAUCCCGCGAGCGCCUGCAGGGUAUGCCGAUCACCCCACAUUCGCCACGGCACGAUGCUUGUCCUUCGGACACAGGGGCGUCGACGCAGGUCGACCGUGGAAAUGUGACGGCCCCCGAGCCUCCGGCGCCAAGUCAUGAACUUGACGAAGAGACUUCAUAUGAAGUCACCGUCACUCCCCGCAAACGUCGCACUGAGCACGAAGGUAGUGACUAGCCAUGAACUGUGAGUACAACGAGAACUCUGAACUUAGUAUACCAUCGCCGACUGCUGUAUAUUUCAUACGUCUCAUCCAUACUCAUCCACCACUCUCACUACUCACACGUAAUUGCCCUAAGUGCAUUGUAGAUUCCAUACCCUGUUCAUAUGCCGUCAUCACUGAUUAACUCUUCAUUGCAUACUCUAUAUACUGUUUAGUCAUCGUAGUAUAUCAUUCAUUACGUGCAAUAUAUGACAUUUAAAGUGUAG